GGAUGGAAGAGUUGGCUUGAGUCUAGCUUGAAGCUCUGUGGGUGCUCAGAGCAGCGGGAUACAGCAAGGCCUCUCUCAGAAUGACACUGCCGCGUCUCUCGGCACUUGAACUGCCCAUCACCACAGUUCAAGUGUGCUGUUUGAUUGCACUCGGGCUCGGUUGCCGGGGCAGACGCCUUCCCCGCUGCAGACUAAAGUAGUGCCGACCCCUUUCUGUGCCCUCCGGGGUGAUGCGCGCUGGUGACGUGUUCUCGGCGACGCCCCGCCUCGCGGCUGAAUUGCUGGGGGUGCGCUCCCGGCCGGAAGCGGCCGCCGACAAAUCAGUUGGGCGGGGUGGGGGCGGCCAAGCGCGCAUGUUCCAACGGGGCGGGUCUGCGGCGGGGCGGGGCCUUGGGGCCGUCCAGUCCGCGAGCAGCGCGGAUUCGGGGCGGGGUCGGGGCGCGCGGGAAGCGCGGGCAGGGCUGCGGGGACUCCUCCGCGCUGCGCCAUGGCGGUGUCCGUUCCCGGCUACUCGCCCAGCUUCAAGAGACCACCGGAGAUUGUGCGGCUCCGCCGGAAAAGGUCUCGGAACCAUGGUGCCGCCGUGCCUUCCGCACUGCCGGAGCCCACGCCCCGCCGCGCGGCGCUGGCGGCCGGACUGCCCCUGCGCUCCUUCCCGAGCUCGGGCGGCAGAGGCGGCGCCGCGACCGUCGCCCGCAGGAACCCUUUCGCCCGCCUGGACAACCGGCCGCGGGUCGCCGACGAGGCUCGCGAGCAGCCGUCUCGGGGUCCGCAGGGAGCUCCGGGCUCGGUCCUCCUUUUUCUCGAACACUCGAAAUAAAUGUGGACAUGGAGGACUGUUGAGGAUGAACCGGCCUUUAGAUUCUAAUGGAGAAAAUAAUUUGCCGUGGGAGGAAGCGUCUCCUGAAAGAACUGUCACUGAACUGUCGCAGAGUCAACAUGUACCAUUGUCUGAAUCAGAUACGACUCCUUCAGAAGGUGCUGAGUUACCUGCGGACUGGAGCAUUAAAACCCGACUCCUUUUCACCUCUUCUCAACCCUUUUCCUGGGCAGAUCAUUUGAAAGCACAGGAAGAAGCCCAAGGUCUUGUCCAGCAUUGUAGGGCCACAGAAGUCACUUUACCCCAGAGUGUAGAGGAUCCCAAGCUCUCCACUGAGCUCCGUUGUGCCUUCCAGCAAACCCUUGUCUACUGGCUUCACCCUGCCUUUUCAUGGCUGCCACUUUUCCCUCGAAUUGGAGCUGAUAAGAAGUUGGCUGGAAAGCCCAGUCCAUGGUCAAAUGAUGAAACUCUGCAACAGACUCUACUGAGUGACUGGUCUGUGAGUUUUACUUCUUUGUAUAAUCUGCUGAAGACAAAGCUUUGCCCCUUUUUCUACGUCUGUACCUAUCAGUUUACUGUCCUGUUCCGGGCAGCAGGAUUAGCAGGAAGUGAUGUGGUCACAGCGCUUGUAUCUCCUACAACUAGAGGUUUAAGAGAAGCUAUGAAAAAUGAAGGUGUUGAAUUCUCUCUGCCUUUGCUAGAAGAAAGUGGCCGCAAGAAGAAAGGACGAGAAGCAAACCUGGAGUCUGAGGAGGAGCCAGCAGCCAGCGAUGAAGAUGAAGAGGAAAGCUUUUCUUGGCUGGAAGAGAUAGGUGUACAAGAUCAAAUUAAAAAGCCAGACAUGAUCUCCGUCAAGCUACUUAGAGAAAAAACUGAAGUACAAAUGGAUCACAGACCUGAAUCUGUUGUACUGGUGAAAGGACUCAAUACUUUCACGUUGCUCAAUUUUUUGAUCAACUGCAAGAGCUUAGUUGCUACCUCCGGUGCACAGGCAGGCCUCCCUCCAACCCUUUUAUCCCCGGUAGCCUUCCGAGGUGCCUCGAUGCAAAUGCUUAAGCCACGAAGCAUUAAUGUAAAGACACAAGAUCUUUCUGGGUACAGAGACAAGUUUAGUUUGGAGAUCACAGGUCCCAUCAUGCCUCAUGCUCUGCAAUCUGUGAUCAUGCUACUCAGAUCUUCACAGAGAGGGUCAUUCUCUGCUGGGAUGUAUGCACAUGAGCCAACUGCUGCAUUCAAUGUCUGCCUGCCACUGGAGACGGAACCUCAUAGAAAAGAUGCUCCUAAGGACCUUGCUAACUGUGGGCUGCACCCCAAAACCCUGCAGCAGCUCAGUCAAAUACCACUACUGGGAAAGUCAUCCUUAAGGAAUGUGGAAAUGAAUGACUACAUUUUUAAUUGGAGAUCCUGAACACCAAAGUAAGCCUAAAGGGAAACUGAGGAAAAGCCUUCCUAGCAAGGAAGGAAAUUGAUGAUUUUUAGGUCUCUGGCUCUUUAAAGUUCAUUUUGGAAGACUAUGUUUUAAAAUACUGAAAUGUUUUUAAACAUUGACUUUUUAUAUGAACUUUUAUUAUUAAAUGCAUUAGUUUUAGGUUUAAAAUCAACAUUUUGCUUUUGUUAUUUUCAUACAUUUUCAGUUCAGGAGAUGUGAGCUGUUUCCUUAAACCUCAGAUAACUUGAAUGACAAUUCUAUAUCUGCAACUUGAUUGUAACCUGAGUAGAGAACUGAAUUAAAAGUGUUGCAUUACAGAUGAGGAAUUGAGAUUACCUGCAUAUGUGUGUGUGUGUGUGUGUGUAUGUGUGUAUGUACAGCACUUAAUCCAUCGAGACUAGUAGUGGGUUUGGAGACUUGGGA